GUCAUAUUUGACAGUUUGGUGACAGAAAUCGAAAACAUUAUUACGUUAAUAUAUUUUUUUCCAUGUUUAACGUUAGUAAAUAAUUUUAUUGCCAAUUUUAAUAAAAAAUAAGACCACAGGGGUUAUUGUAGUAGUAUUUAUACAACAUUAAAUCAAAUAUUUUUGAUGGAGCAAAACCGCCCUGAAAACACUACCAGUCAACAACAAAACGUUCACUUGCACAUGCACCAUAUGUGCAAUUGUCCAGGAAACGUCUAUCCCACAUACUACCCUGCUGUUGGCUACAGAAGUCCCGCCGUGCCAUCACUAGUAACCUACCAACCACCGCCAGUUUCCCGGCAGUUCCUACAGCACUAUCAAUACACCCAGUACAACGUUGGGAAUCAAUAUUCAGUUCCCAUAAGUCAUGUAGCUAGUAAUACGCCGAUAUACAACACGACUUCUGUGACCAGUACUGAUGUUGUGUUUGGGGGUGUUGCAAGAGACCAGCAGAGAGGGAAAGGUGGUUCUCAAGAAGACAAUGGUGAUGUUGAACGGACCAAUGAUAGUUCUACAUUUGACUAUUCUCAAAUUACGUCCCCAGCUAGUGAACUUUUGUUAACAGAAAACUCGGAAACGACAACUCCGGAAAACUUUGUAAAGUUUCUGGAGCGCAGCUGUCUGAUAGCCGAGCAAAUAGCGUAUAGGAAUAAAAACAGGCCCUGUUUUAGAAAUAUUCAGAACUUGUGUAUACGUACCCGUUCGGAAAUUCUAAAGCCUUGUACUACAAUUUCCAAUAUACACUCUCAAGGUAUACCAUGGGCCACAAAAGAUUUCAUAUACGCCUUUGUACGACUAACAAAUUGCUGGCAUAUUCUGAAAGGCUAUUGGGAAAACAGAGAUGGAUCUAGUCUUGGGAAAAUUGAAAAAGAAUUAACUCCCGAGUUUCGUGCUUGUUAUGUUAGAUGGGAAAAGGAAACGAUGGAACUGGCGUCUCAGCUGACUAGAGUAUUUUAUAAUUUGGACACGAAUUUAGUCACACCGCAAGUAAAUCUCGUGAAAAAUUCCACGCCGGAGAACGUCGACAAGAAAAAUGCAACUAUACACAAUGUCACAACCUCAACUCUAACCAACAUAUCAAUCAACAACUCGAGAUCUAAUACAGUUCGAGGCAUUAUUCGCCUUCCGACGAUAUCGACUACUGAAACUGUCGAUCAGGCUAAUCAGACUUAUUCGGCUGACUUUUGUACGGCAAAGGAAGGAUUUGAUCUAAAGGAAGAAAGAAGGGUUUACAUGAAACCAGGUAGCUACAACGUACCUAAACGAGACGGCACUGAUGGUGGUACGAUAUCGACACCCAGAGCUAUUGAGUUCUUAGAAACGGCACAAAACAUUAACAAGGGUCAAGCCAAUAAUGACAGAUAUUGGACCAAUAUAAAUGUUGUUGGGUCAAAAAAAUCAGAAGAAGCGAAAGUUCAAGAAGAUGUAACAUCAGAUUCGGAACUUGAGCUUGACCUUUCAACUCAUUUAAAUGUGCACGAGUGGUUAAUAAGUAAUAACUUUUCGGAUGUUAGCGAGCUGUCCCCAACUUCUACGGCAACUCAAGAUCUCAGAGCUUUUUUUGUAGAUGCAUCUACGCUGUACGAGUCUUUACCCCAACUGGAUACCAACUUGCAAAAAUCGUCUUCGAUUAAAGUGCUGCAACGUGGUAAAAACGCAUUGAGGAAAGAACGAGAUAUUCAGAUCAAUGGUUUAACUGGAAUAUCAGAGGAAACAACCAGAAAACUAAAUAAAACACCUGCAAAGAAGAAUAUAGUAAUUUACGAAAACGAAUCUGGCAUAACUAAUACUGGCGUUACAGUUUUAAAUAAUUUAGUUUUGGAGUUGAAGAAAUAUGACAUACUGGAAGGACUAGAUAUUGAUGAUAGAAAUUAUUUUUGUCCUGUUGUUGACAUUGAUAAAAUAUUCAAUAAAAUGAAGCAUGAAGGAUAUGUAUAUGUUAAUGAAGUUGUGAGAGAUCUUAGAUAUCUUAUUAACUAUUAUAUUAGCUUUGCUGAGAAGUUUGCCAAUGUAGAUAACAAAAAGAAAGAACUAGUGACGUUUAUAACCAAUAUGUUUUCGUUAAAGCUUCGCGAUACUCUCGAAGAACAAUUUAUGGACUAUGACUUUAGUGACAUAACAGGAGAUAUUUUACAAUAUGUCGGACCGUUAAAACUUAAAACUAUCAAAUUUAAGGACGAGGAUCAAGUUUAUAAGUAAAGUAUAAAUCCUGAUAGGUACAAAAUAAAUACCUGAUAGUUCCAAAAUAUUAAAUUUUACUUUUAAAUUGUUGUAUUUGAUAAGAGUUGCACAACAUUUUUGAGUUUCCCUAAAAAUUGUUUUCUGUUGUUUGUU